AUGCCAGCCGCGGAUGGCAACGCGCCCGUGCCCGUGCCUGGCGGGCCGCAUGGUCGCAUGGGCAGCAACGGACACGCCGCCCACGGAGCAAACCUGCGCGACAUGGGCUUCGGCGGCCCGCGCAGUCCCCCCAGCAGCAAGAGUACCUCGCAUGUGCCGUGCAAAUUCUACCGCCAGGGAGCUUGCCAGGCCGGCAAAGCCUGUCCCUUCCUGCACUCGGACGAGCCGCUGACGGAGCGCGCGCCCUGCAAGUACUUCACAAAGGGCAACUGCAAGUUUGGCCACAAGUGCAUGCUCGCCCACAUCCUCCCCAACGGCCAUGUCGUCAAUCGCAACAACAUCAGCGGCCACGCCCACGCCCAUGGCCACGGCGGCGGAGGGCCCUUUGGCCGUAUGAACAUCCCGCACCAUCCCGACCCCGCCCCCAACAGCUCCCUAUUGUCCAUGGCCCACCUCGCGCCUGCAGGUGCCCAGUUCCAGUACCCCUCCCAGGACGAAUACCUCGCCAACCAGAAGGACCAGUACGACAUGAUACCCACCAUCGACACCACCUUCUCCUCCCACCCUGGAUCCAACUAUGGAUCACCCCCGAACGACAGCGGCCGCAUGCCCAUCUCACCCGUGCAGAAGGGCCUCAGCGUCAUGGACGUGCAGCUGCCAGCUUCGUUUGACAGCCAGGGCGUCUCUCACAUGGCACGCUACGGACCCGUUGCUUCCUCGGUUCCCGCAAAGUUCCUCACCGGCUCUCCUCCAUCUUCCUUCCUCGGCGAGUCCCCAGCACUGCGGAACCUGCACGAUUCGGCGUUUGGCGAAAACUCCCGAAGCAUGGCUGCAGCACUAGGUUCCUCCCCGCCCGAGUCCAUCGAACAGCCCACGGGACGUCGCAUCAUGCAUUCCGAAAUGGGUGCGCAUCGCUCGAGGGGCAUCAUGUCCUCGAGUGUCGGUGCGAGACCCCCGCUUGCCAUGAACGAUGAAUGGGACGAUCUGGAGAACCUCGGAAAAUUCGAAGAGGAUCUGAUUCCAAGCUCGCUAAACGACCUGCUCACUCCGCAGGAGAAGAUGCGCCGUUUCUCACGCGACCACGGCGACAAUGAGGGCAACUCCCUCUCUCACCGAACCUCUUUUUCUAGACUAGGCGCCUCUCCUACCGCAUCAGACGCAAAAGCGGGAUCUUCACCCUCUCGGUUCCAGUCGAUAUGGGGUAAGCGACCCACUCAAGAGUCUGGUUUCGAAUCUGGUUCACUGGGCUCGCAAUUUGGACAUGUCGGCUCGCCACUCCGGAAUUCCACCUUGCACCCUGGCGCCAGUCCUUCACUCCGGGCCAUGGCUCGACCGCACAAUGACGUGAACUCAUUCGUAUCUUCACCCCCACGGCAAGCCUCCAUGAGCAUGAUUAGCCAGCAAUUACAGCGUACACGUCUCUCGUCGCGUGCUUCGGAAGAAGGUGGCCCACCCAGCGUCCCUAUACACCCAGGCAUGAACCGGCUCACCUCCGCCCCCAGCAUCGGAAGCCCAAGUGGAAGACUUGGCAUGGACAGGACCGUUAGCAGCAGCAGUAUCAAUCGCGAGAGGAUAGAGGAAGAGCAGGGCCUGUUCAGCAUGGAAGAGGAAGAAGGGCUUGACGCCAAAGGCAGAGAUGGAGCUUCGACGACUUCCAGCACGAGCAACAAACGACUGAGCGGACUGUCCUGGGGUAGCGGUGGCAAGGCAAGCCCGAACCUGAACCCUAUAGGCGGACACAGAGCUGCAAAGUUCUCGUAA